GAGCCGAGCCGGGCAGGGCGGUGGCGGCAGCAGCUUCCGGAGCGGAGCUGAAGGUAGGGCUGCCGGUGCCCUGCCAUGAAUCCCUUUGGUGGGAUGGCUGCCCGUCUGCAGAGAGACCGCCUGAAGGCCGAGGGGCUCGGCCAGCACCACAACGCCAUCAAGUACCUCAACCAGGACUAUGAGGCUCUCAAACAGGAGUGCAUUGAGAGCGGCACCCUCUUUAGGGACCCCCAGUUCCCAGCUGGCCCUUCUGCCCUCGGAUUCAAGGAGCUGGGGCCACACUCCAGCAAGACAAGGGGGGUGGAGUGGAAACGUCCGUCGGAAUUAGUGGAUGACCCUCAGUUCAUCGUUGGAGGUGCAACCCGGACAGACAUCUGCCAGGGGGCUCUGGGUGACUGCUGGCUGCUGGCUGCCAUCGGUUCCCUCACGCUCAACGAGGAGCUCCUGCACCGCGUGGUGCCCCACGGGCAGAGCUUCCAGGAGGACUAUGCCGGCAUCUUCCACUUCCAGAUCUGGCAGUUCGGUGAAUGGGUGGACGUGGUGGUGGAUGACCAGCUGCCCACCAAGGACGGGGAGCUCCUGUUUGUCCACUCGGCAGAGUGCACAGAGUUCUGGAGUGCUCUGCUGGAGAAGGCCUAUGCCAAGCUGAAUGGCUGCUACGAGUCACUCUCAGGGGGCAGCACCACCGAGGGCUUCGAGGACUUCACUGGCGGCGUGGCAGAGAUGUACGACCUCAAACGGCCGCCGCGCAACAUGGGCCACAUCAUCCGCAAGGCGCUGGAGAGGGGCUCCCUGCUCGGCUGCUCCAUCGACAUCACAAGUGCCUUUGAUAUGGAAGCGGUGACCUUCAAGAAGCUGGUGAAGGGCCAUGCCUAUUCUGUCACAGCCUUCAGAGAUGUGAACUAUCGGGGUCAGCAGGAACAGCUCAUCCGCAUCAGGAACCCCUGGGGUCAGGUGGAGUGGACAGGAGCCUGGAGCGAUGGCUCCUCCGAGUGGGACAACAUUGACCCUGGUGACAGGGAAGAGCUGCAGCUGAAGAUGGAGGAUGGAGAGUUCUGGAUGUCUUUCCGGGACUUCAUGAGGGAGUUCUCCAGGCUGGAGAUCUGCAACCUGACCCCUGAUGCCCUCACCAAGGAUGAGCUCAGCAGAUGGCACACGCAAGUGUUCGAGGGCACAUGGCGCCGGGGAAGCACUGCCGGGGGCUGCAGGAAUCACCCAGCCACAUUCUGGAUCAACCCCCAGUUUAAGAUCAAGCUGCUGGAAGAGGAUGAUGACCCCGGGGAUGACGAGGUGGCCUGCAGCUUCCUGGUGGCUCUAAUGCAGAAGCAUCGGCGGCGGGAGCGGCGGGUCGGGGGUGACAUGCACACCAUCGGCUUCGCUGUCUACGAGGUUCCUGAGGAGGCCCGGGGCAGCCAGAACGUGCACUUGAAGAAGGAUUUCUUCCUGCGAAACCAGUCACGGGCACGGUCUGAGACCUUUAUCAACCUGCGGGAGGUGAGCAACCAGAUCCGGCUGCCCCCCGGUGAGUACAUCGUGGUGCCCUCCACCUUCGAGCCACACAAGGAGGCCGACUUCGUCCUGCGAGUCUUCACCGAGAAGCAGUCGGACACGGAGGAGCUGGACGAGGAGAUCUCAGCAGAACUGGCAGAUGAAGAGGAAAUAACUGAGGAUGACAUAGAGGAUGGCUUCAAGAACAUGUUCCAGCAGCUGGCAGGGGAGGACAUGGAAAUCAGUGUCUUUGAGCUCCGCACUAUCCUGAACAGAGUCCUCGCUAGACACAAAGAUCUGAAGACGGAUGGGUUCAGCCUGGACUCCUGCCGCAACAUGGUCAACCUGAUGGAUAAAGAUGGCAGCGCCCGCCUUGGGCUGGUGGAGUUCCAGAUCCUGUGGAACAAGAUCCGGAGCUGGCUGACAAUCUUCCGGCAGCAUGACUUGGAUAAGUCUGGCACCAUGAGCUCCUACGAGAUGCGCAUGGCUCUAGAGUCAGCUGGUUUCAAGCUGAACAACAAGCUGCAUCAGGUGGUGGUGGCCCGCUAUGCAGAUGAUGACAUGGGAGUGGACUUCGACAACUUUGUCUGCUGCCUCGUGAAGCUGGAGGCCAUGUUCAGGUUUUUCCAGAGCAUGGAUACUGAAGGCACUGGCACGGCCGUCAUGAACCUCACUGAGUGGCUGCUGCUGACGAUGUGUGGCUAGGAACCAUGACGGAUACUCUACCACUGGGACACCCCAGCACCCAGGCCCCCUCCAAGUGCCUCCCUUUGGAUCUAUGGACACAGGAUACUCUUCCCCCCUUGCUCCAUCCCACGCUGACCUACCAGCCCUGCCUCUUGACAAGCCUCAUGCCACCCUCAUCAGUGGACCAGGAGUCAAGGCAGCCAGGGGAUGCCCUUCUCCUUUUCUUAGCUGGGCUUCUUUCCACUCCCGCUCCUCUCUCCCCAGCCCAGAACAGGAGGAGGGCAUGCAGCACAGGAUACCUGUGCAUCUCUGCACUGAGCAGGGCAGGAGUGAAGGAGUGGGCUGGGGGACAUCUGCAGAGCAGGGAGAAGCAGGAGCUGCAGGGGAAAAGGGGGGAUAGGACUCUUAUCGCUUGCUCUAUGCUGCCCUGUUCCCACUAGCACGUUGCCUGUCUCUGUGCCCAUGCCUGGGAGCAUCAGCAGGUACUGCCCUGCUCAGGCAGAGGCAGCAGGUUCCCAGUGAGCUGCAGUGGCUUUCUGGGAGGAGGAAGGGCCAUACUCCUUGAUACCCUUACACUGCAUUCACCGCUAAGCACGACCAAAGCAUAGAGCCCAGUGGCUCCUUCUGUGUGGCCUUCAACACGUCCGUCCCACCUCCAUGCCCAUGACUUUGCCCCACCACUGGUCAAGCCCUGCAACUUCAGCACUGAAUGUCUGUGGGCUCCUGCGCUGCAUGAACAUGCAUGACCUGUAGUGCAGCAGAAGCCCCUCUUCCGCAUGGACACAGCAAUGCCACCACCAUCACACUGGCUUGGCCUCCCCUCCUGUCUCUGGUAGCUCCUAGGACAUCCCUGCCCCCUGCUCACGGUCCCCAGCAGGACAGGGGGGGCAGAACCCAAGCGGCAGUGCCUUCCCCCAGAGAGGAGGGGUUGGUGGUUUGAAUGGGGUGUUCUCCUGCACACAUUUCUUCGUGCUUCCCUUCACCAUCCCAUGCAGUUACACCCUCCUCUUCCCUUGGGCUCCUUGCCCUGUGCAGAUGGACCCCAGUGCCAACAUUCUUGCACUUGACUGUGCUCCUCCGUUACCCUCCCCUUCUCCUGGGUUAACAGGGUGGCUCCAGCUUGGCGGUGGGCAAUGGCCAGUCCUUUACAGGCAGGCAGUUAGCUUCCCCCCCAGCCCUCCGUCAUGGCUGGAGGAUGCUCCUGCAGCAAUAACCACUGCUGCCUGCCCAGCAGCUCCGCUUCCUCGUCCCGCUCACUGUGUGCUCCAGGAAUAAACGUAUCUGUUGGA